CACUAGUUAGUGUACUAAACAUUGUGAACACUUUUUGUGAAAAUUUCAGAUUCUUUUGAAUUGUUUUGGGGUGUAGACGGUUAGAGUCCACCUUUCGUGUAAAGUGUGAAAACAGCGGCAAAAAUGUCGGAAAUCGUUUUUGGGAAGAACCAAUUUGGUAAAGCGCCGUUAACUGUUCACUGUUGGAACGGUGACAAAUCCAUGCUUGCCGUCUCGACCGAACUGGGAAAGACCAACAUUUACAAAGUGAGUGGAAGUCAGAUGACCCUGGCACAUACGCUAGGGGAACAUACAGGAAGAGUUACUGGCAUCGAUUGGUGUGCUGAAACAAACCAAAUUGCGACCUGCAGUGCAGACCGAAAUGCCUUUGUGUGGAUCUUUCAAGAUGGCGAAUGGCGGCCCACUUUGGUGUUGUUGCGGGUAAAUCGAGCUUGUACUUGCAUUCACUGGUCCCCGAAAGGCAACAAAUUCGCGGUCGGUUCCGGAUCACGAGUCAUUGCGGUGUGUUAUUUCGACGUGGCCAACAAUUUCUGGGUUGCAAAGCACGUUAAAAAACCAAUCCGAUCCACGAUAACCUGCCUGGAUUGGCACCCGAACAACAUGAUGGUAGUAGCAGGAGGAACCGACUUCAAAGUCCGAGUGUUUUCGGUUUUCAUCAGCGAGUUGGACACAAAACCGACUGAGGAAACGAACUGGGGAGCUAUGAAGCCGUUCGGAAAUAUGCUUGCCGAGUUUGAAACUGAAGGAUGGGUCCAUGCAGUGGCGUUCAACAAAGAGGGAUCUCGAGCCGUUGCUGUUAGUCAUGGAAGUACUAUUACUGUCUGCUCGAUUGGAACAGGUGCGGUCGUGACUCCGUGUCAGAAGCUUCCUUUCAAAUCUGUCUUGUGGCUGUCGGAUUCGAGGCUUGUAUGUGGUGGAUAUGACUUUGUACCGGAGGUUUUCAAUGUGGCAGAUAAUGGGUCCGCUAUCUAUGCUGGUUGUCUGGAUAAAAUGACAGCUGAGGUGAAAACUGGAAACGUGAAGGCGCGUGACAUCUUCCAGCAGCGUGACUGGCGUGGCUCUUCGGGUGCUGGAGGCGACAACGGGGACUCAGCAGACGCUGCUCUGAAGUCGGUACACAAAAACACCAUAACUCACAUGCUCCCUUAUGGCGGCCAGCCUAAAGCAGGUGUGAAUAAACUGUCGACUUGUGGUUUGGACGGAAUGAUUGUCGUGUGGGAUGUCCAAUCCUUGUCUGCUUCAUUGGCGCAGCUCAAAUUAUAGAGCACUAGAAAGGCAGCAAAAUCAACGUUGUACCGAACAGCUAUCAAUUACAGUUAACCUCCACGAUUAGUUGGUUAAACUUGACACGUUGCUGAAUAAAACUUGAUUUAUACCAGAAAAAAUUUUUGGUAGCUCAAAUAUUGUAAUAUUGCAAAUUAUUUACACAAUAUAAGUAUUCUAGAAGUGAUUUUAACAGAUAUUUUAAAUGAAUUGAAAGUCAUACGUCGUUA